CUAACUGCUCUGUCUGCAGAUCCAGCCUGAAUGCUGGUUCAAUCAGCUACAGGAUUAUCCUGCUCCCAGAGUGUGCAGCCCGAACAGACCUCUGAGGCACAGCCGAGAGCAGCCAUGGCCAACAGGACGCAGGAUGAGGGAGUGCUGCAGCAGAUUGAGAGAGAGGUGCGAAUGCAGGAGGGGACCUGUAAACUGCUGGCUGCUUGUUCCCGGAAAGAUCAGGCCCUGGAGGCCUCAAAGAGUCUGUUAACCUGCAACGCCCGCAUUCUGGCUCUGCUCAGCCAGCUACAGAGGAUAAGGAAAGCACAGAUCUUAGAAGGAGUGGGAUACAGUGAUCCAUUUGUCAUCAGUAUAUCUGAAGAUGCAGAACCGUGUAUUGGGAAACUCUCACUCUCUGAUCUGCGAAUCCCCCUCAUGUGGAAAGACUCAGAGUACUUCAAAAACAAAGGAGAGUUGCAUCGCUGUGCUGUGUUCUGCCUGCUUCAGUGCGGCACAGAGAUCUAUGACACCGAUCUGGUGAUGGUAGACAGGACAAUGACUGACAUCUGUUUUGAAGACACACUUAUAUUCAACGAGGUGGGUCCUAGUUUCCAGCUUCGAGCUGAGCUGUACAGCAGCUGUGUGGUUGAGGAUUUCCCUCGGGCGGCCCCAGCUCCCAGAAGAAUGAGCUUCCUGGGAGGCUCCUUGGGAUGCUCUUCUGGGAAGAAGAUUCGAGCUGCAUUUGAGUCUGCAGCUGCGUGCGGUAACGUCUCCUCUGGUGGAGGGAACAUAAGGUCUGGACAUGUCCCACCUUCUUCACUUCAGUCACUGGGGCCAAAGUAUAACCUCUUGGCUCACACAACACUCACCAUUGAACAUGUCAGAGAGGGUUUCAAGACACACGAUUUGAUCCUUUCAGCAACGGAGGACAGUCCUUUCUGGUUGCCUCUAUAUGGAAACAUGUGCUGUCGCCUAGUUGUUCAGCCUCUGUGUAUGAUUCAGACAGUGAUAAGCGGCCGACUUGAAGUCAAGCUUGAGAAGGACAAAGACAGUUGGGAAAACUUCUACUGUGUUCUCAGUGGCCAAACUCUUCUCUGUUAUCAAAGUCGAGAAGACCUGGAGUCAGAGGAUGAACCCGUGCUUGUGAUUCCGAUCACAAAGGAUACCAGAGUAUGUAUGUCAGAAAAAGAUCCUGUCCGUGGGCUGAAGAUUAUCGUAAGCAUGGAGCCUCAAAGAGAGAAUGUGACCUAUACAGCUACCGCCGAGAAUACUGAAGACUUGCAACGCUGGAACAAGGCCCUCCGGCAACAUACCUAUAACCUGAGCCAGUGGAAACAAUGCUGCGAUGAAGUGAUGAGGAUUGAAAUGCCAAGACCCAACAAAACCAACACGGUGAAGCAGGGGUCGCUUUAUCAUGAAAUGGUAACGCCCUCCUCUCCGGGAAAGGGUCCUGCCAUUUCAGAUUUGUCUAAUGAGAUACGCACUUUGCUUUCCUCUUACUACAGAGAAAGCUAUUAAUCAUCCCGACAGAGAUACAGCAGAGAGCAAUCAGUUGCUCCCAAUCUGACCGCCUGUGAUUUUUCAACUUGGACAAAAUGGACAAGGACAUGAUCAAUGCUGCAUGUACUAAAUUCUUUAAAGACGUCCAGAUUUACUGUACUGUUCUUACGGCUGGUCUUCCUCUUAUACACAAAUCCAAAAUCUAUCUAAGAGAAAAAAAAAGAAUUAGAUUGUGCCUGGCCUUUUAUUUCUUUCACUAAACCAAUUUUCCAAUUAGUCAUCCUUUAGACUUUCACACUGCAACCAAAGACACAGUCUAAGCUACUUCCUGGGAAACUCAGAAGACAAAAAAUUUACAGUAAGCUGUCAACACCGCACCCAUUAGCAAUGAUUGCAUAAUACUUGUUUUGUUGUCUAGCUUCUUCUUACGUUGUUUAUAUUUGGCCUCCGGAAUGUUAAUAGAGCAGACUUAGCACUGCGAGUAUACAUAAGGCUAUUGAGAAGGAGUUCACACCAUAUGUUGGCAACAAUCCAAAAAAGUCCAGAGUCCAUCAAUUAGGUUAUUUGUAUUCAGAUGUUAUCUACAGCAAGUUAUUUUUAUAGAUAAUCACCUGGAGUCAUGUUAGAAAGUUGAAGGGGUCAUCCUAGCAGUGCUUUGAGAUAUUUCCUUGAGAAUGCAUUUGGGACUGCAAUGGACUGGUGACCUGUCCAGGGUGUACCCCGCCUCUCGCUCAUAGACAGCUGGAGAUAGGCACCAGCACCCCUCGCGACCCCACUUGGGAUUAAGCGUGUCUGAAAAUGGAUGGAUGGAUGAAUGCAUUUGGGAUCUUUGCCUUCUUAAAGAUUUAUCCAAAUUUCCUCUUCUCAAGAAUUUUUCUACAUACAGUCUCUCUUCAGAUAUAUGAAGUCUACCAGUACCAUAUGCUAAAAAUAAAAACAUCAGCACACUAUGAUGCUCCCACCUUCAGACUUAGGGUUAUGGUUUUUCUUGCAUAAUGUGAAGUACAUAUCUACUUUAAACAAUGUAUAAUGAAAUCUAAAGAGAAAAAAAAAAUUAACUGGGGUUAUCUGACCUGGCUAUAUCUUUCCAAUAUUUCACUGACCUGUGAAACUACUUUGCAGCAAAUAUUAAAUUAGCUUAAAAGCAGCUAUUUUCUACAGUUAAGUCUUGUCAUUAUGUUAUUGACAAGACUAACCACAUUAUGGUUAAGUGCGUUGCUUACAGGUUUCAUUAUAAACAGUUUCUGCUCCUCCAGAUUUGUCAGAUAUGACAGAGUUGGGGGCUUUUCUAAUACAUUUUUUUUAAAUUACAAGAAUACAUUUGUAGUACUGCAUAAUAAGGCUGUUUUAAUAUAAGAAUAGGAAAAAAUUUUCAUGAGAAGAAAGCUUUGAUAGUUAUCAAUAUCUUACCUGAUUAGCUCAAACAGCUCUUUCUUGGAAGAGCUCUAACAAGAAAACACAAGUACUGCUUUACUCUUGUAAUAUUACAACUUCAUUUUGAUUCUACUCCAGCUUGGUUAUAUCAUGACUUUAUUCUCCUACUGUUAUAACUCUAUUCUCUUUAAAUUAUGGUAAAUGUCAAUUUUCCUGUAUUUGUAAAGUGCUUUAUCCAAAUCGAUUCACACUACAUUUAGAGAUGAGGCACGGUGACUUUACUAUAAAACUUUUAUUAUUUCUGGACCUAAAAUGUUAUCAUUGUGUUCAUAGUAUUGUGAUUGUAUUCUAUUCUUGCAAUGUUG